AUGGACGCCAUUGAUUCAGUGUUUGAUCCGCUAAGAGAAUUCUCCAAGGACAGCGUUCGCCUCGUCAAGCGCUGUCAUAAACCCGACCGCAAAGAGUUCACAAAGGUGGCGGUCCGUACGGCUAUCGGGUUCGUGGUCAUGGGGUUCGUUGGCUUCUUCGUGAAACUCAUCUUCAUCCCGAUCAACAACAUCAUCGUCGGAUCUGGUUAA